GGAAGACGGCGCGAUCGAGCGCCUCAGAGUCCGGUGUUCGUCAACGCGCGUGUCUCACGCGCCUCUCCUCUUCAAGCUCCCGCCACUCGCGCGGUCCUCCUCGCAUCCCUGCAGCAGUACUACUUACAACGCGCUGAUCAUGGCAGAACACGAUGACUCGCUCGUCAUGCGCAGGCCAAAGCGGAGCACUGCUGGUAACAGGAUGGAGGCGGCUUUGGCUGAAUUUCGCGCGGAAGAUGUUGGCGUAGACGUGGAAGAAGACGUUGACUUUGUCGUUGAGAAAGACGAACAGGAUGCCUUUGGUUCUGACUUCGAGAGCACCGACGAAGAGGAGGCUCAAGAGGACACCAAUGGUUUGGAGGAGAGGAAGGCUUGGGAGGAUGAAAGACGGUCUCGCAAGACCGCUCGUUCCAAAUUGGACAGGGUAACUGCCGCCGCGCAUGCGCGCCACAAGGCCACUUUCAAUCCGCAGCUGGAAUACCAGCAGACGAGGGAACGUGACGGUAGCAAAGUGAAGAGGAGGGUGUCCAUGGGUUCGGUCAUCGACGCGGAAACGGGAGAAGUUGUAGAGGGGACUAAGAGACAUAGUCGGAGAUCGCACACGAUGCAGAAUACAUCAGAGACUGCCAGCCGCAUGAAAGACGCAGAAGUGAAGAAGUCUACAGUACCAAAGAAAGCAAAGACCCCCGAACGACUGCCGACUCAACGUGAGCUCAUCGAGCGUGCGCUGAAGAUGGAGGAAGGCAACAUCAAAGAACAUCGCGAGUAUCUCAGCACGGAAGAAGAGAAGCGCAAGAAAGCGCGUCUCGUGCGCACCGCCGUGCAGGGACCUCUCCUGCGGUGGAUCAGCAAAGCGGAAGAGGUCACCGUGCGAGUCGAGCCUCCGCCCCCCGCACCGCCGUCAUACACAUAUGCCCAUGCUGCAUAUCCGUACUACCCGCCGCCGCCGCCGCCUCCUCCACAGAGUACGCGCUCGCCGGCGUCGAAUGCUGCACCAAGAUCGUACUUACAUGUGUCAGCUUCAUAUCAUGCCGACCUCCAGAAAUCUGAUCCUUCGGCUACUCCCCAGUCACAACCUCAAUAUCCUACGUACUCUGCGGACUACCACACACAAUAUUCACCGCCGGCUCCGUCUCAUCCGCAGGCUCCAUCCUCUGCACCAUACACACAUCCGGCCUCGCAAUAUGCUUCUCAUCCAGAGCCCCAACAAACGCCUUCGACAUCGUACUCGCAGUCGGCUCAGUAUACACACCCGUACUACUACUACCAUCAGCAAUAUGCGCAGCCACAAGUGGCCCCUAGCCCCGCGGAGCCCAUAGAGCGGACAGAAAAGGUCACGAAGAACUACGUCAUACAUGAGCUGUCGCAGCAAGAGAAACAGCGCCCUCCGUGGCACUCGACCAUGAAGGUGAUGUUCGGGGACCAUGUCAAAUGGGAAGAGCUGAGGGUAUAUACGUCGAAAGGGAGACCUUUAUCUCGACCUGUGCUACGCUGUCCAAUCACUGGGAAGGUGGCGAUUUACCGCGACCCUCGAACGAACGUGCCGUUUGCAGACGUUGCUGCGUAUGAGACGUUGACCAAGGUCCUGGAGCACGAGUACGUAUGGAACGACAGCCUAGGCUGUUAUGUUGGCUAGGGCUUGUCGCUGGCGUUGCGUUUCUCCGCUGUUGAAAUGCGUACAUGCAGCACAUCUAUUGGUCGAUUUUCUUCUGUUGUGAUGCUAUCCUGAUUCCUGAAUCCAUUGAACACGGCUUAUUCACAGAACAGCGGUCGUUGAGUACGUUGAGUUGACGUUGAGUCUGUCGGCGUCGACGUCACGUACCACGUGACUUACAGAGUCGCGUCGCGUCGCGAGUCCCGACGCCGACGCCAACAUUCUUAGCUCUUUCCCACAAAUACUCUCUACCGGAACUCUUCUACCUGCUCUCAACUCGCGAUAGAAUAUGUCUGAACAACUGCAGCUCACCACGGCCUGGAACUCAUCUUCCCGCCCAGCAACG